UAAUGUUAGGAAUGGUGAGGGAAAGAGGGCAAUUGAUUUGAAUACUAAGGUUAAGAUCAUUACUUCCUCAGGUGAAUCUUCAUCAGAGGAAGAGGAAUUUGGGCAAAUUCUAUCAACGGCAAAUUCAAAUGAAGCUAGCUCUGGAAAACCUCUAAGAAACAAAGGGGAAGCUAAAAUCCAUAAAAAAAAUGAAGAAAAAAUGAUCAAGCAAAAUUUUGUAAUAUCUAAACUCAUAAUUCUAAUAUUUGUGCUAUCUUUGGCAGGGGCAGGACUUCACUGAUAUGAGAAAGAUUAAUUAGAAUAUAAAGCUGAUGUAGCCUCACUAUUGAUUCUUCAAUUAAUUUCUCUCUGGAAUACAUCAAAACCCUAACUAACCAAAACGAGGAAUCUGAGGAGAACAUCAAGCUUGUUGGUGCCUACUUCAAUGCGCUUGAAAAUAACAAGCUGUUCUAAAACAAGAGGUUCUUUGGACUCCGAAGAAGGAACAGCUAGACAGGAUCCAAAACAUGCUGCUGGAAGAGCAACGUGCUGCUGAAAACAUGAGCUAUAUUAAAAAAGCAGCUGAUAUGGGGAAAGAGGCAUAUGAACAAUUAGG